AUUUAAUUAACAACAAAUCUUAUUAUAAAAGUAAACAACGAAUAAAAAUAAUAAAAUUCCAUUUUUUUUUCCUUUUGCAUCUUCAUUUUUUUUUCUCGGCAACCAAACAAACCUUUCAUAAAUCUUUCUUGAGAAAAAGGCUGAACUUAGCUAUUCAAUGGACAGGUUAGUGAAAGUAGAUGUGAAAGAAGUCGAAAUACUGUUCAUGGAAGGCCAAAAAACCACUACGAAUUUCACUUUAACGAAUCUCAUGCACACCAUGUCUGUAGCUGUUUGUUUAUCCACAAAGAACUCAUCUUUCUUCUCUUUCAACAACCAAUUUUCAAUAAUCCCACCCCUUUCAUCUUCAACCUAUACUCUCUUCUCCCAGCCGUCGGAUCAACCUCCUUUGACAAACCCUCCCGAUGCUAUUACCGUCAAAACCACCAUGCUUCCUUUAGGGAAAGCGCACCAUGACGAUCUCCGCCGUCUGUUUUCCAAGCCUGGACCUCACGUGUUCAAGGACGCUACUUUACCGAUCUCGUUCACCGGUCCCCACGUGAUUCAACACCUCAUUUCGAGCAAUACCCAGAUGACGGAUAUGGAUAUUUGGUGCAACAAAGCGAUUUCCGGGUGUUUCGGGGACCAACUCACGGUGCUGCUCAAAUCCGCUGUCGUUUCAGGGAAAGUUGGUUUGGUCCGUACACUGAUCGACCACCGUGGGGAUGUGAACGACAAGGAUGAUAAAGGAAGGUCUUUGGUCUCCCUAGCUGUCGAAGCUGGACAUGUUGAUGUCGUCAAUGCCUUGAUUUCAGCUGGUUGUGAAAUUGAUAACACGGUUGACCAUGUCUUGCACUAUGCAGCAGCAAAAAACAGAGUCGAUUUGAUGGAUGUUCUGUUUCGAGGUUAUAAAAACAUGGAUCUGAUUGAUUCCAUUGAUUUCAAUGGCCGAACCCCAAUUCAUAUAUCUGCUAUUCACGGGCACACCGAAUCGAUUAAGUUCUGUUUAUCACUAGGUGCGGACCCUGAAGUUUUAGACGUCAAUAAAUGCACCCCACUUCAUUUAGCCGCUCUGGGAGGUCAUUUAAGCGCCGUGGAAUGCCUGUUGGAAGUAUCCAAUUAUACCAAAUACGCAUUGAACGGACAAGGGAAGACCGCUUUCGCGCUUGCAGUCGAAAACGACCGGUCGAACGUGUAUGAUCCAUUGCAUUUAGGUGACGCGUUGCACCGUUCUGCGAGGAUCGGAGACGUGAAUGGGAUCAAGAGUUGCAUCAGCGAGGGGGCGAACAUGAAUGGGAAGGAUCAGAACGGGUGGACGCCUUUACAUAGGGCGGCAUUCAAAGGUAAAACCGAGUGUGUUCGGGCUUUGAUUAGCUACGGUGGUGAUAUUAACGGUGUUGAUAACAACGGGUACACGCCGUUGCAUCGCGCGGUGGAGGCGGGGCAUGUUGAGGCUGCUUUGGUGUUGAUCGGUCAUGGGGCUAAAGCUAAUGUGAAGUGCCUUAAAGGUAUUGGUAUGGGGGUGGCUUUGAAGUCAGAUUGUUCUAAGAAUCAUUGUUGUUAUCGUGGUUCAUUUGUUCAACCUUUGUGAUUGAUAGAUUUGAUGAUUUGCCUGUUUUGGAGUUGUUUUUUUAGCUUUGAAAUGUGCAGAGCUGUGUAAAAUUUUUCACUGUAUAAUAUGGGAUUUAGCCAAUGGUGUUUACUUGGUUCA